AUGGUGAGACAAUCAAAGCCAGGACACAACAGAGUGACUUCUUACAUAAUUGAAACAGACAACGGAUCAAUUCGCAGGAAUCGACGACAACUGGAACCAGCCACUAUGUUGAAGGAUGACGGAGACAUGAAUGUGAUAGCUGUUGACUGGUCAAAAGGCACCCAAGGAAGACUUUACAGUCAGUCCGCUGCCAAUACCCGCGUGGUGGGGGCCACCAUUGGGAACAUGAUAAAGGUUCUUCGAGACAGCUUCAGCUUACCUCUGGGAAAGAUCUAUCUUAUCGGACAUAGUCUCGGUGCCCAUAUCAUGGGGUACGCCGGGGACUGGGUACGAGGAAUUGGCAGAAUCACGGGACUAGACCCGGCUGGGUUAUAUUUUGAAAAAUAUGACACCAAGGUUAAACUGGAUCCUACUGACGCGAAUUUUGUUGACGUCAUUCACACCGAUGGUGCCUCUCUGCUGGAAAUGGCUUUUGGUAUCAGGACACCAAAUGGACAUGUUGACUUCUAUCCGAACGGGGGUACAAGACAACCCGGAUGUAAGCUUAGUCUAUGGAGCAACAUUCUGCAUUUAUUUCAAGGAGAAGUGGAAGAGAUUUCAUCAAACAUAGCAUGCAGUCACAUGCGGGCGAUCGACUACUUUACCGAGUCCAUUAAUUCCUCUUGUGAAUUCAAAGCCUACCUAUGUAAAAGUUAUUUGGACUUCUACAGUGAGUUCUGGCACCAGCAUCAGUCGGACUAUCAAACAUAAUGCCCACCAUGA